GAUACAUCACACAAUGAAGGUACUGAUCCUCCUCACUGCCCUGUGUCUGGCCGCGGUCCACGCUGGUUACUACAGCAAAUAUUACAGCGGAUCUAGUUCCUUGUAUCCCAGUUACAAUUACAGAUCCAGCUACUAUUAUCCCAGAUCUACUUAUAGAUCCAGCUACUAUUACCCAAGCUCUUCUUACCGAUCUAGCUACCAUUAUCCCAGUUACUACAGGAGAUCAUAUUACCCACGAAGUUACUCUUAUAACCGGUACCCUAGCUACAGUCGGUACUAUACCACUAGGAGAUACCUGUACCCGUCAACAUCCACCUACCGAUACAAGCAGACCUACUAAUGGCGGUCUACAAUACAGGU